UGUUCGGUGAGUUUAGGGAAUGCGGGUGGAAGGGGUACCUUAUUCGGGGGUGUUCUAAUCCAAAGCGGUCCUGUCUGAAAGAUUCAGGUGAACAGAUUCACCCCCCACACAAGAGUUGAAGGCGAUCUUUAAAGCAGGGGUUGUUCGAUCUCCACCAGAACAGCAAAAAGAAGAAAGAGAGCGAAAUUCCGCAUCACAUCUGGACAGAGCGAGAACAUCGACUAGCAUCAGAGGCUCCAUGUGAAUAUAUUCAUUCUGCAGCGCGUUAGCAUCUUCUCCAGGCUGAAAGAGAAAGCUUUUACGAGGCUGAUGGAAGAAAGACAUGGGAAUGAUUUAGCCUUGAUUUUCCAAUCUGAGCUCAGCAGCAGGGGGGGCUUAAAUUUGAUGGAAAAGGGGAUGCAUGCUUCAGACGAUUUGCAAGUCCACCCGUCUGAUUGAUGUGGCCACUGCUUCCGCCCUGACUCCGCGUUGCUAAGAGACAGCGGUGCUGCACGAGCGCAUGCUUAUUGGAUCAUUCACGAGAAGAGAGCAUACCUGAACACCUACGCUCAGCCUGAUCAGAGCACACUCAGACUGUAACAGGUGCAGAAGAGAGGGAUUUUAAGUGGGCGUGGAAAGACCCGGCAGAGAGGGAGGAUGGCUACGUCGACAGGCAGCAACAUCGUGAGCAUGGUGCCUUAAUUAGGUGACAAAAGCAAGGAAGUCACAUGAUCUUGUCUUUCAGCAAAACCCGGAUUAAUGCUCUGUAGCUUCAAUAAUACAAUGUGGUCAGCUGGGGGACAGAGAUUGUCUUGUCUUUUUUGUAAGCUAUUCAGUCAACAAUUGCCUCCAUGCUUCUUGCAGAUGAUUCCUUCAUAAGCCUGUCUGAGGUUGCCAAAUCUUUUCUGCAAAGCCCUUGCAAAUCUCCUUUUUGUCAUUAGGGAUUUGUGGUUUUUGAUUGCUUUUCUUGUCAUCAGUGGACUCUGAGUCUGGCAGCCUUUUUUUGCUUUGUACUGUCGAUGGUGUCUCAGAAAGUCCCUAGCACCCCAACAUCUGGCAGAGAGCCCGAGUGUAGACAGAGUGCAGUUCAGUGUGUGCUGUGCCAUCCUCAAGACACACACUCCAGUCAUGCAUAGUGUCUGCCAGCACACUGCGGUGACCUGUGCAUAGCUACCACUCAGGUGACUGUCAAAACUCGGUUAGUGGGAAAUGCCAACCAUGAACCUGAGACUGCACGUGUCCAUAUCAGAAGACCAUUUAUUGCUGAAGACGAAAUAGAGUGAGGGAAAGAAAAGUCCAGGAUGACUCUACAAUCUAAGUUUACAAGAAAAGUCCACCCAUUUUCUUUAGAGACUGCUGGGAUUUACCACAACAGAGUGGCUCACUAGUGCAGGAGCACGCAGGCUUUCCCUAUACAAAACAUACACACAUACAGUUUUACACAGGCGUGGGUGACAGCCUUCGCUUAUCUAAAGCUGAAAUGUCAAAUUCACAGAGGCUUGUUUCAUCAGACUGUUGCUGCAGGAAGAAUCAGACAAUGCAGACACCCAUUGAGUAGACUUUGUGACGAUUUGAGCAGGUGUGUGUUUUGAGCCAAGCGAUGAGAGGAUGAGAGCGAGGCAGAUCUGAGUUGAGUGGGUGAGAGUGAGAGAGAGAGAGCAAGUGAGAUAAGUGCGUGACCCACAGACAGACCGAGAGAGCUCUGUUUCUGUCUGUCAAGCUGUUUGUGUGUGUGUGUGUGUGUCAGCUGGCGCACUGACGGGCUCUGAGGGCAGGCUGGGCACGGUGGCAGGAGCCGGUGCAUGGCUGUGGGGGGGUCGCGCGGCGUGCGCUCCUCAGCAGCGAGAGAGCCGCUGGGGGUCAGGUUUUGGCUGGGGUCGGACACAGAGGCCCUGGGGGCCCAGCGGAGGGCCAACCGAGCGGUCUACUCGGACUGCAUCAGGGGGCAUGCGCUGCUCUCUGCGCUUGUGGGUGCUGCUGGCAUCGUUGGCCCUCCUCUUCCUUACCUCUCUACUCUUUUCACUCUCACUGAGGGGAGGCCCUGGCCUGUCCUACCUGGAGUCUCCUGAGUGGGAGUCACGGCAGGUGAAGCUGGUGCCUAACUACGCUGGCUCCCACAAGCUGGUUUCCGCCGAAGGCAACCAGCAGAAGACAUGUGCCUGUAACCACUGUGUGGGUGACCCAGGCGUCUCGGAUUGGUUUGAUGAGAGUUAUGAGCCAGAUAUCUCGCCUGUGUGGACGCGAGACAACAUCCAGCUGUCUUCAGAUGUCUACUACUGGUGGGUGAUGUUACAGCCUCAGUUUAAGCCCCACAGCAUCCAACAGGUGCUGCAGAGGCUCUUCCAGGUGAUCCCCGGUCACUCGCCAUAUGGCUCUUGGGACCCCGCUCGCUGUCUACGCUGUGCUGUAGUGGGCAACUCAGGCAACCUCCGCGGGACUCGCUACGGCUCGGUGAUCGAUGGCCACACCUACAUCAUGAGAAUAAACCUAGCACCGACUGUGGGCUAUGAAGAGGACGUGGGCAGUCAUACCACCCACCAUUUCAUGUACCCAGAAAGUGCCAAGAACCUGGCUGCCAAUGUCAGCUUUGUUCUGGUGCCCUUCAAGACUCUGGACCUGCUGUGGAUCACCAGCGCCCUCUCUACUGGCCAAAUCCGCUUUACCUAUGCCCCGGUAAAGCAGUUUCUGCGGGUGGACAAGGACAAGGUUCAGAUCUUCAAUCCGGCAUUUUUCAAGUACAUCCAUGACCGCUGGACAAGGCACCACGGCCGCUACCCCUCCACAGGCAUGCUGGUCCUCUUCUUUGCCCUGCAUGUGUGUGAUGAGGUGAAUGUAUUCGGCUUUGGCGCAGACAACCGGGGGAACUGGCACCACUACUGGGAACAGAACCGUUAUUCUGGAGAGUUCCGUAAAACAGGAGUCCAUGACGCGGAUUACGAAGCCCAGAUCAUAGAGCGCCUGGCCAAAGCUGGAAAGAUCACCGUCUUUCAUGGGAAAUGACCCUCUAUGUAGCACGUGUGGAGGGAAGGAGCCACUGAUGAACCAACCACACAAGCCCUGAUCCUGCUGUCUUUCCUUUUAUUUCUACCCCAACCUGGAAGAGGAACUGACUGAACGAGGACCAUCGAUAAUGGCAUUCUCCCUCUCCAGUAUAAGCAUUUUUUUUAUAGUACUCCAGAAACUUCACACGAGAAAGUAUCCAGCUGUCGGUGCUGGUUGUCACUCAGCAGACUAAUUCCCGCUUCUUGUGUGCGCUCAGCCAAUGAUCAGCGUAAUAUAAGUGCAACGACUGUAUGGUUUAUGAGAUGAUUACUGGCUUGAGCAGAUCCACUGAUUAACUGUGUGUUAAUCAUGCUAGCCUGCAUGAUCACUGCAAGUGCCAGUUUACACGCUCUUACAGACAAAACAGAGCAUUUUUACGUUGUGUUAUAUCUUUUAUGGUUCGAUUUUAUCAUGUUGACUCUGCAUCACUGUGCUCUCACAGCCGUUUGAACAGAUGUUAGUCACUGUCAUCAUGUGUUGAAUUAUUUUCAUGAGUAAUUGCCACAAACAGCUGAUUGUAAAGUGAAACGCUCAGCGCCUUCAGAUUUGUUCGUUAAUCCGAAACCACUUAUUUACUCCAGAGUACCGGUCAGUGUUUAGAUGUAUAUUUGUAAAGCACAUUUUAAGCAGUGUUACAUGUUUUUGUAUUGUCUGCAGAGGUAGAGCUGAAAUGUCUAAAUUUACUAGAGCCGAUAUGUUUAAUGACAAAGGUAAUGAAGGGUUAUCUGCGCACCAGGAACAAAAAAUGUAUUUUCUAUGACCACUGAGGAAGUUCUAGCUAGACGGUCCGGAGACUGAUGGCGUCAGUGUGUGCCACAGGACUUGAGGUUAAACUCAGCUUUCAUGUCGAAUCCUGUUAAUUGGGAUUAAACCAUGUUUCAGUGCAAUUAGAUGUUUAUGACAUUCAUAGCAAAAUAUUACUGCGAAUAGUUUUGUAAAUUAUUUUUUUAUUUUAUUUUUUAAGUCACUCUUUAUUUGUCAGCAUCUGUUGUGUGUAGUUCAGUGCUUGCUGGAAAAAAAAAAAAAGUUUCAGGGUGCUCCAUACUUCCUGCUUUGGCUUUGUUCAUGGUUUCAUAUUCAGGUACAGUAAACCCUAUUUUUUAUUUAUUUUUUUCCAAAAAAAAUGUAGAUCUAAACAGAUGCUUGCGUGCCUUGUCCUUGCUGUGGAGACAUCCUCCUUGCAGUGAAACAAAAAAGGUGUAGUCACAUACUAAGUCUUCUUACUGUGCAUUUUAGCUCACCUGCUCUGCAUCACAUACACCAACACCUGUGAUAUAAUUUUAACUCUCUUACUGUGCUUUAUUUUUUUAAUGCACACGCACAUUUUUUGAGGGUACUGGCUUUCCGAUCACACUUCCAAACAAGCCUCCUACACUCCCUUCUCUAGAAUCUCUCCACUGCUGAGCACUGUGCCUUCAGGACCAGGCUGAACUUAUAUUCACAAGCACAGUCCUCUCACCUCUGCUGUCUUUGUUUUCUUUCCGUCUGCUCCUAACCGCCAAUACUCCCUCAAACCAACAAUGAAGGAAGGAAACCAGUCAUCGUAGCUGUUUAUUAUUAGUUUAAACCUUGUGAAACCAUAAAUAUAAGUAUGGUUAGUACAUUUAUGGGGUUGAGGCAGAAGUGUUAAUGUAAUAUUGACAAUUUACGAAUACGCAGAUGUUUCUCCCCUCCCCCCGGUGGAAAUAUUCCUUUAAAAAUGAUGUACGAUUCAUCACCAAAGAGUCCCAUGAACAACAAAAAAAAAGAAAUGCCUCAAAGGCCACAAGCCUGUCCAACAAACACUAAAAAAGCCAAUGGUUGUGAGAUUAUGAGGGUUUUACCAUAGUACACUUUGUAGGUUUCGUUCCCAUCAUCCCACAAGGAUGACUUUUACAUUUCUGGUUGUCUGACCGAAAAGAAAAGUAGUUCCUCUAUUGCAUUAUAGUGCACUUUCAACUCAAGGCAGUCUAACUUGUUAGGAGAAUUUUUUUUUUUAAACACCACUCUCAUUUUCUUCAUGCCCAUUGACCUAUAGAUCUGUGCCUGGCAACUUCACUGAGGAGUUUCCCUUCUUUUCACUGUUAGGGUUACAGUGUUAGAUGCAGCUAGUUUGGAAGGCUGAGGUUUUGUAUUAUGGAUCUUUGUGCUUUUUGGGCGUGAAAGCCCAGCUGUCCUAGCGUUUAUACUGACCUGACUCCAUCAUUGAUGUGAUUGACCUAAAGCCUUUCAAAUGAACCACUGAAAACACACACUGUACAUAUCCUCCUGGUACUUUAUUGCGCUUCUUAAUAGAACGCCAACUCGUUAAUGGUGUAGUGACAGUUAUCGGGUCAGUGCUUUCUCUCUCCUUCCUUUUCCAACCUCCUCAUGUGUAUGUGUAAUUAUGGACUGUUUUUAUCUUAUGCUAUUGUAACAAAUAAAUGCAUAUAAUAAACACUCGG